GCUUCUCGUUUCAGGAAAAACAAGAUAAAACAAUCAAUCAUCUGACAACACUGGCUUCUAGCUGCUCGGUACGGUCGUCGGCUAGCGCCAGUAAAAACGGGACCACCGCCAGCGUCGCACAUGUGUGUGUACCCGCCCGGGUAGCGGUAAUUGGCAGUAUUUGUGUGUAACAAAUCGUCGGCAAAGAACAUCGACAUCGAGCAGAGAGCCAACACAGGAAAGAAAGAAAGAAAAGAGUUCAGAUAGAAAAGAUGGCCGAUCUGGACGCAGUGAAUCUCGGUCUCGAUGAUACGGAACGGGAUAUCGCGGAAGAGCUGGAAAAUAGUUACGAUACAAGGAGUGAAGCUUCGGCGGCCAGUUCUGACAGUACCACCACCAAUCCCAGUAUCAGUGACGUGAGCUCGGACUCGUCGGAUGACGAGGAGGACAACACCGAGCGUAGAAAUGUCGCCAGCAAGAAAGUACCCCAGAAAAAGAAAGGCAACAAGAAGAAGGAGGAUAAGGAACUCAAGAAAGAUGGGGAAAAAGAUGGCGGUGGAACUGCCCCAGCAAAUAACAGUACCAAGAAGGAGAGGAAAUCUCGCAGCCGAAGCCCACAUACUGCGGUCGCAAAUACUGGCACAGAGACGAAACGAAACCGGACCAAGAAUAGUUCGGUGAAGAAUUCUGUCAAAUCGUAUGACUACGUUACGAAAAUAAAUUAUCUCUUCCGGGAGACUCGUUUCUUCCUGAUCAAAUCGAAUAAUACGGAAAAUGUAACAAUUUCCAAAACUAAAGGCGUUUGGUCUACACUGCCCCCCAAUGAGGCCAAUUUGAAUCAGGCGUUUCGAGAAAGCCGUAAUGUAAUGCUAGUAUUUUCUGUCAAGGAAAGUGGCAAGUUUGCCGGUUUUGCACGUAUGGCGGCAGAAGCUCGAAGAGAUUUGCCUGCAGUGGAUUGGGUUCUUCCUCCGGGGAUGUCUGCUAAGGCUCUUGGCGGUGUGAUUAAAAUUGAUUGGGUGUGCAAGAAGGAGUUACCUUUCACCAGUACUACCCAUCUGUACAACCCGUGGAAUGAAAAUAAACCGGUUAAAAUUGGACGGGAUGGUCAGGAAAUCGAGCCGAAAGUUGCUGAAGAACUGUGUCGAUUGUUUCCGGAAGAUACUACUGUUGAAAUGACACCCAUUUUAAAGAAAUCGAAAGAGGCUUCUAAGCAGAUGAAGGAAAAAGUGGCGUCCAAAUCGAUCCGGAGACCACCGAACUUUUCACGCCCUACAAGUGCAAUCCGUGGCCGGGGAGCUGCUAGUGGAGCCGGUGGUGGUCCAAUUCGUGGCAGCCGAAGAAAAAUGUUUCCCAACAAAGGGCGUCCUGGAAUGUUCCCACCCUAUCGCAAAGAUAUUCGCCGUGGUCAUGGCCACGGUCACGGUCAUAUCCAUGGCCAUGGUCAUGGUCACGCACCGCGACUGCAUCCCGGAGUGGAUCGUGCCGCCGCAGCAGCAGCAGCUGCUGCUUCGGCUGCAGGUUUUCACGGAUGGGAACGUUAUAGCAGCACAGCAGCGGCCGAAGCUUACGUUGCGGAUUAUAUGCGCACAAUGCAGCAUCAGCUUCCUCCAAUGCCGUACGCUCCACCUCCCGGUUUCCCUGGAAUGCCACUACCAUACGAUGGUCUUCCACCGCCACCACGCUAUUAUGAAGGACUGCCCAUGCCAGAGUACCCGCUUCCCCCAGGAGCGAUCCCCGGAAGUGUUACAGGUGCAGCCGGUGUUCCACCACCACGUAGCAGUGCAUACGACAAGUACGAUGAAUUCUUGUGGAAGCCUCCACCAGGAGCUCCUGGAUCAGCAAGCGUUCCUACGUCUACCGCCGGAGCAGCAGGUUUACCCUCGAUGAAGGGACCUCCACCGCCGUUACCAAAUUACCACGUCCCGCCCCCAACGGCACCACCAGCCGCUAUGUCACAUGGUCGCAAGAAUGACCGAGGUGGUGAUGGUGGACGGGAUCGUGACCGAAACCACCGAAAUGAUCGUAGUCAGCGGGGAGGCAGAAGCUAUAACAACAAUCGGGACCGGCGAUGAUUUGAAGUUAUUUCCCGCGUGCAUCGAAUACCUACUGAGAGGUAUCGCUGAGCUCUGUGCGAACAAUUCAGCGUGCUACUGUUCGUGACAAAUCCCACGGUCUUACUUCAAGCUACCAGAAGCAAUUACUAACAUAUAAAAAACCUACUUGUUCUAUGCGAGCAGAAACGAUACAAUACCUUCAAGCUUCAGCAGCAUAAUAGUCAUCAACAGUGCGAUUCCUGUAGACGGAGAAGUUUCCGCUUCCACAUCGGGACUAACGGAAACAGAUCCUGAACUGGAUUACCAUUAGGAGGAAGUGACAUUUUGUGAUCUCUUACUGUUGUUUGUGUCGCUUUGUUGCAACUAAUGAAGCGAAAGAAGACAGUGCUUUGAAGUGUACCACCGUUCUCAUUGAAAUCUCUUCUAAUGCGUGCGAAAAAAAGGCUCUACGACGGUUCCUCUUAACGAACUUAGGCUCGUGUUUGAAGUGUGUUAUUGUUGGAAGCAAGUGAUUUUUCUGGUAAUGAUGGAUUUGUUGUGAAAGCAAAAGAAAAGAUGAAAUUGCAGAGUUUGGGAAGAACUUUCCUGGCAGAUUGAUGGUUAUGAGCAAAUCUGUUCUAGGUAAAUUGAUUAAAAGUAUUCUCACGAUGAUUCUAAGAAGAAAAGUUGAUAACCGUUUAAAAAAUAGUGAUUGUCUGUCGAAACAGACGCAGAAAGGACACAACGGCUCUCGGUCAUCACUGUGAAAGAAGUGUGUUAACAGACAAUCUAUGAAAAAAUACAAAAAAAUGUGUAAUCGUGUUUAGAAAGUUGAAAAGCAAAGCAAAUUUACAAUUAUUACUACUGCUAGUAUGCUAAUAAGAUAUUUACCUACACUAUAUAACAAAAAAAAACAAUACAUAAUUAUUAUGUAUCGACAGGCAAAACAAACAGAAAAAAUUAAAUUAUGAACUUUUACUAGUAAUCUAAUAAAGGUUAAGAAACAACCCAACCGAGUGAGAUGAACUUUUUCCCAAACUAGUGUGAUUAUCAGAGCAACCGUGAUCGAUCUGGUGGCUUACUUUUGCCUCCACCGCGCAAUACUGUGGGGGCACAAGCUACGGACGGGUCAAUUCCCAAAUGUCGAAAAAUGUGAUACAUCCUACCUAUUACGACUGGACUUUUCGAAAGCGCAAACCCAAACGGCCUUCCUGGUUUUAAGAGGAAACCUUUCGAAAGAGUAAGCAGAAGAGCAAACUUGUGAUACGCAAACACGAAUGUGGUGGUGUGGUGAAAUUUAACGGACUUUUCUUUCAAAUGGGACUGAUUUUUAUAAAAUCGUAGCUGAAUGUGUUCUUUAUUUGUCACCAAGUGACAAAUCUCUAAAACCGUCGAAACUGAGAGACUGAAUUUUGUUUAGCAUAUAAGGGAAGCUUGCACGCAUGGUGCAAGCAGGCUGGAACGAAGCUUUUCCUGGAUUCUAUGAAUCCGAUUCGGCUUUGUUCCACAAAACAUACUACCGGUGCCUUUGAUAUACACCGCAACUGGACUGAAACUGAUUCCUACCGGGGAAUAUCUUCCGCACGCAUCGGAGCUGGAGUGACGUUACGUGAACGUUUGUGUGGGUAACAGAGUCAAGUAUGGACUCGACUUGAUGACAACGGUUUCGGUUCGUUUAGUAAAAUAAAAUUAAAAU